AUGGCUUCGAAUACACGUGUCGACUUCGAGUCUUCUGGAGCCCAGGAAUGGACGCUACCGGGCUACGGAAAGCAAGAAGCUUCAAAGCCCACGCCGGAUGAGGUUUCCAAGCAACCCCCAGCCGCACCUGCCAAUAAAGGCACUCCCAGCACGCCGGUUCGUCCCCCAGGUAUACCACGACCAACAAGAGCCCGUGGAGGUUAUCGCGGACGGAUUGGACACUCAAGCGGGGUAUCGCCCAAGCCAAACGUCUUUGGUGAUUCGCCCGCAAAGUCGAAGUGGAGAGGUAAACUAGAGCCUGCAGGCCUCGUUAAACUACCCGCGCCUUUCGGAUUGUUGAAGAAUGAGUUUUUUGGCGUUGCAAGAUCGACAAGCUCAAUCAGAAAGCCCCCGGCGGCGCAUGGCCGCUAUGAGGUUUUUGAAGAGAUUAGUCGACGUACAGGAGCUUUCAUUAAACCACCCUUCUAUAACGAUACUGUCAUCUACCUAUGGGGCGAGCCACCUCAAGUUGCAGCUGCAAAGGACAUCAUUCUCAGUAUCAUGGCAAAGUGUAGCCAUUCGAGCAAAAAGAAGGUAGAAUGGGAUAAGGUUACGGCACAUUCAGUCAGUAAGGAAGUUCGUGUGGAGAUGAAGGAGAGAUACAAUGCCAGGCUCCAGGCGCUGCAAAAGCCACCGGAUUCCUCCUACGACUUUUCGGACUUUAUGCUAUUUCUGUGGCCAAAGGAUGGUCCUUCUAUUCAUGACUCCCUGGGUCCGCAGCUCGAGGCCCUCGACCACAUACGGGUCAAGUUCAAUUGUCACGUCUUUGUCCCAAAAGAUCUCCCGGAUCACAUCUGCGCUGUUGGGCACAACGACGAGGCCAUGAGGCAGAUCGUCCGACGCCUCAGAACGAAGUACACUGAGGUUGUUGCCAACUAUGUUGUGAAAGGCAAGCUCUACCUUGUCGAGCCUCCGACUGCCAUGAAAAGUAAGAUUGUCGUAAAGAAGGACGCCCGCCUAGCGAAGCCCUUACUCCGUGGAAUUCCACUCCAGGGCUCCGAGGCGGAACGGUGGCCCGAUCGAGCGAGCCUGAUCCAAUCAAAGAAUAAUGCCCGGCUUCUGAGCAUGGUCGAGAAAUGUCUAAAGGGCGUGGUCGUUGUUCGUGGACAUUUGCGUAUGCGGGUCAAUCUCGGCUCGUUUGUACUCGACCAGUACCGUAUUCCGGCAGACGACAAGCCAUACUAUGUUCUGGAGGAGUUCAGGGAAAUGAUACUGCACGAGCAGACUAAGGGACGCUUGAUACCAGGCCUCAAGGUCCAUAAGGACGAACUUCUUGCUAGAUGUUACCAGGCUACCCAUCUGCUUCAGCCAUACCUCAGCACGGCACAAACGCUGAGCAGUGCCGAGCCUGCAUUUUCAGUGAAUUUCGAAUUUCUAGGCCAAAGCAACUCCAUGCUUCGACUGGAGGCAGAGUUCGCCAGGAGUCCCGGUGCAUCAGAAUACGAGGCCACCCAGCGAAGGUGGCUUAAACCCCGUCAGGACGGCCAAUCCAGCGACAAACGCCCACCCCUGCAGGUAGCCGUCGUUGACUUCGAAAGGUCUGACUGGCAGCUCGAGUUGAAGUCUCUGGAAUUCUACCAGGCCAGUUCGAUCGAUGCUGCAUUGAGAGAUUUUGCAAACACCAUCAAGUUCCGUAGUACUGCUACUAUGCACGAUAUUUCGGCCAAGCCCGAGAGAAAGGUCAAAUUCUCUCAGUCCGCGCCGGUGGCCAGGUUUAUUGAGAAAUCCGCCAUUCGUUACAGGAUCAAAGGAACCAAUUAUACUCUAGAGAUUGCCCGCUAUGAUGAGUAUAGCCGUGCAAAUGCGUCAGCGUUGUCGAGCAAGCUACCGGGGAAUUACGCGGGCCCGUUCACCACGGAGCCUAAUACUUCCUGGGGCGCAUCUUUGUUCGACCCUCACUGGGACAAUCUCUUGGGUGAACAUGCCAACUUGGCUAUCGGGCAUGCUGCUCAAUAUGAUCCUACUUUGGAUAGCUUUUUCCCGGCAAGAGGGGCAGCGGGCGGCUCAGAGAAAAGCCAAGGGUUCUGGGAGUUUGUCGACAUGGUGAAGCAGGUUGCGGGACUAAUGGGUCCUGUACGGACCACUGCAACCUCUUCUGGAGAGAAGGCUUUGCUUGGCUCCGAUUCUGCACCGAGCGUCAAGCCCUCGACGGUUCAGGGCCGAUCGAGCGACUCGUCGCCGGUAAUGGGCAUGACCGAUCUGGCUGGGCUGCUCAAUGCAGACCUCGGCACCUUGUUUUAG